AUGGGCGCCGGUGUACGUGGGCUGGAAGCCUACACGGCUGCCGCCAGCAAAGGCCUUCGCGUGGUUGGAGGCUUUUGUCCGACGGUAGGCGUCGCCGGCGGUUAUACCCAAGGCGGAGGCCACGGCCCAUUGAGCUCACAGUAUGGGCUCGGAGCCGACCAGGUCCUUGAGUGGGAAGUCAUCACGCCUUCCGGAGAACACGUGGUGGCGACGCCUCUGCGACACUCUGAUCUUUACUGGGCUUUGAGCGGAGGCGGACCUGGCACCUACGCCGUCGUGCUCUCGCUGACGGUGAGAGCAUACCCCGACGGAUCCAUCGGAGGUGCAACCCUGGCAUUCUCUACCACUGGCGUGGCGAAAGACGACUUCUGGGAUUUUUUCAAAAGCUGGCAAGACCUUCUACCUAGCCUCACUUCCGCCGGUGGUACAGCUGGAUAUGCCGUCACCAAGGACGCCUUCUUCAUCGCACCUAUUACCCUCCCUGGGUGGACCGAGCAGCAGGUCUCCGGGUUGAUAAGCCCGCUGGUCGAUACGCUCGACGAGCUAGACGUACAGUACACGCUCGAAGUGACAUCGACACCCACAUUCUUGGAACACUAUAGUAAGCACGGUGGACCUCUCCCCCGAGGCCCUUACACAAUCCACCACCUCUUCGGCGGAAGGAUGAUCCCGCGCUCCGCUGUCGAGAAGAACAGCACCGCUCUUGUCGGCGCCUUUCGCAGCAUUCUCGAAGACACGGAUGCUUUUCUGGGAUUUGUUGCUCUGGAUGUAAAGGAGGCCCCUUCCUGGAAGCCCGUUGCAGAUAAUGCCGUGCUGCCGGCCUGGCGAGACACCCUAAUUACCGUACUCGUACAGUCGACGUGGAACUUUAGUGCGCCUAGAGCAGACGGCCAACGCCGUGCCGACGAAAUCACCGACGUCACUGUGCCGAAGCUGAGGGAACUCACGCUUGGUUCCGGGACUUAUAUGAACGAGGGUGAUUUCCAGCUCAAGACCUGGAAGGAGGAUUUCUACGGGGUAAACUACCCGAGGCUGCAGGCCAUCAAGUCUAAAUACGACCCCGAAGGUCUUCUCUUUGGGCCUACUGGGGUAUCUAGCGAUACAUGGUCGAUCGAUGAACAGGGCAGGCUUUGUAAAGGAUGGGCUGACGGACUCAGGUCAACUGGCCUCGUGCGGGUCGCCAUGUUGAGGGCUUGGGCUACGCUAACCGCUCGGGCGGGACAGGCACAACAGCUUGCACGCGGGUACUUUGACAUUUCCUCCAUAAUAUUUUCAACUCAGUAG